AUGCUAGAAGAUAUUCCCCUCGAUUGCCAACUUAAAAUUGCGGCUUUAUUGUCGGCUGAAGAUUUAUAUCAAGUCGUUAGCGUUGUUCCUCAAUGGAGGAUAACGAUGCUCCACGCAAAUACAGUCAGGAAAACAAUCGAAAACGACCUUGAAAAACGCUCAACAAUUUCCUCCACCCUCUUAAAAUUCCUUGAUCGCCCGGAUGUCAACCUAGAAGACUUUUUAAAAGCCUCAAAAUAUCAACCAUCACCACCGAAUUUACUCGCGAGAACCUACAAUAGAUUUCUUCUUACAUUCGUCAACCGUCCAAAGAAGAUCAUCAUGUUCGGAAAUGGGCUUGAAAACGGACUCGUAACUUUUUUGAUGACAAUGUGUAAGGAAAUUGGCGUGAAGUUAGCACCAGAAAUGACAUCUGGAGAAACACGGGGAGGACUUAUUGUUGAAUUCAAAGAGAACCUAUUCGACCUGAACGCUUUGUAUCCUGCUACGAGAGAAAUUCGACAAAGGGAUAGCGAAGUCAGUUUGAUAGACGAUAAUCAUGAGUUAGUACUCCAAGCUGCUCGUCGAUGCCGCGACGCAUCAGCAGCUGUUUGUCUAUUUUCUGCGACGAAGAAACCAAAUAAAAAGGCGUUUCCAGAGCUCAAGGCAAUUAGCGAAAGAAUACCUCAAAAUGCGAAGAUCAUUCUAGUUGAAAUGACCUUCGAUGAUCAACCGGAUCUUCUUCAUUUGGGAAAACGAGCGACUAAAGAAGCGGAUCUUGGAGACCGCGAAUUCGAAAUCAUAUCAAUUCUUUGCGUGGAAGAAAGAAAUGCAUCAAAUCAAAAAAGCAUCAAAUUCGAUCUUAAAUCCAUCGCGUGCCUCUUUAAUAAACUUUUGUAA